CCACUCCUUUAACCUCCGAAGUUAACCAAGGUUGAUUUUGGAACGUACCCCAGGUGGACUUUAAUGAACAGACCAGUCGUUGCUAUACAGGUUUCCUAACCUGUCAUAUCUAUCAAAUUUAGCGAUUCAUAUUUCGCUUUGCGGACUCCAGCAAUGAUUUUAACUUUCAUAUUCAGUUUUUACGCGUCAAAAUAUACAAGAUAGGUGAAUUGUAGUAAAAUCGAAGGGGUUGACUGUCUUUUAAAUAAUUACCAAAAGAAAAAAUUUUUUUUAAUAAUUUACAAGUAUAUCAUGAAUUAUGCAAUUAGCUGCAGUAAAAGACAAGAUGAUGAGAAGAAAGAUUUGUCGUGUACCUUAUAUAAUAUAUGCAAUUGGCAUUAUCUUAAGAAACCAGCAAUAGAAUAUCAUGAUUUACAAAAAGUAAAGAUUAUAAGUUACAAUGAAUUGCAAGCUGCAACAAAAAUAGUCUCUGAUUGUUUGAAAUAUAUACAGAAUCCUGAAUUUAUUGGCAUCAAUUUUGAUAUUUUAGAAUAUUGUGUGCCUUCUUUAAUGCUUGGGAUUCUUCAUAGUGGAAAUGCUUUUUUUAAUAUAUCCUCAGAUACAAAGACAUGUCAAGAUAUAUUUACUGUUUUACAUGUAAGAUAUAUCUUUACCAAAUAUGUGACACCUAACAAAGAAAUCAUAUAUCAAUUGAAUAUUCAUGGACAAUCUGUAUACUUUACAAAAUUAAUGGAUGUCCUAGCAAGUGGUGCUAAUGGUAAAAAAUGGCAUCAAUUUGCAUAUGCAAUUGCUACUUCAGGAUCAACUGGAUUACCAAAAAUUGUUAAAGUACCUCAUUCCUGUAUAUUACCUAAUAUUAUAGAUUUGAAGAGAAUUUUGGAAAUGACAGAAAAUGACAAAAUUUCCCAGUUAACAAAUUUUACCUUUGAUCCAUGUAUUAUUGAAAUUUUCUUAAGUCUUUCAUGUGCUGCAACUUUGUUCAUGGUGUCAAAACAACUAAAAUAUGAAGCAAAUAGACUCUUGGAAAAGAUAUUCCAUGCCCACGUAACAUUUCUUCAAAUUACUCCAUCGCUAUUUUUUCACAUGUGGUCCACAAAACGCUUAAGGAUAACAAUUUUGGACAAGAAUUCUUAUUUAAGAAUUCUUCUUUUGGGUGGAGAACCAUUUCCUAGUACCAAGUUGCUUUCAGAAGCUAGUCACUCACAAAAUAAGACACGAUUGUUUAAUAUUUACGGUAUAACCGAAGUAUCGUGCUGGUCUAGUAUUAAUGAAAUAAUUAAAAACAAUGGUAUAGAUGAAUCUUAUAUUGGAGAACCUUUAUCAGAAACUAUAUACCAAGUCAGAAAUGAGAAUAACGAGAUAUUAACUAGAGGCACUGGCUUCCUUUAUAUUGGAAGCUCGAGUAGGAUUUGCAUUAUUGGAAAUGAAACCGAUGAAGACAAUUUGUGUAAGCAAGUUUUCCGCUAUACCGGUGAUGUUAUUUCGAUAGAUGAUCACGGUAGAAUAUUUUAUUUAGGAAGGCAAAAUAAUGUGAUAAAAAGAUUUGGAAUCAAAGUGAAUUUACGGGAACUCGAAAAAGUCAUGACGGAAUUAAAUUUUGUGCGAAAUUGUGCCGCGCUUUGGGACGCAAAAAGCCACAAAUUAUAUCUAUGUUUAUCUAUUAUGAAAAUUAAAGAAUUUAUCAACUUGGAGAACAACAUAAUAUCACAUUUAAGAAUAUUACCAGCGAUUUAUAAACCUGAUAAAAUAAUUAUAGUCGAACAAUUUGAUUUUACUUCUAAUGGAAAAAUUUGUAUGUCGUCACUGAAGAAAGUGUGCAGAAACUCCGAAACGGAAGUUAUCAGUGCAAAUAAUUCGUACGCUGAUAUAGGUGAAAUAUUUAAAAAUUUAUGGAGUCAGCAUAUAAAAGUUAAAGAUGUUGGUUUUCUGACGUCAGGAGGGACAUCAAUAACAGCACUUCAGAUUUCAAGUGCUGCUGCCGAGACGUUUAAAGUGGAAUUUCCCGAAUUGAUUGGUAUGUUGCUGAAGGACGUUACAUUUAUUGAGUGCGUUAAUUACAUCAGAACCACUUUAACCAGCUUGGAUUGGAACAUGAGUCUCAAUCGUUGCAUUGCCGUUUUUUACGAUAACAAAAUCCAAAGCAUCUUUAAUACAGAUAAGUUCAUGAUAGAAAAACCAGUUUUGAAUAGUUACCCAAUGUCCACAAAUCGUAAUAAUUCUUACCAAUAUAAAUGCAGAGGAAAAACUAAUGGAGACAUAUUAGUUCAAGAACAAAGCAUUAAAUUACUUUCGAUAAAUAUAUCAAGUAUUGAAGUAGUAUCAACUUAUAAUUUGCAGAAAUGCGUUGAUGCUUCGCCAACUGUGUAUUGUUAUUCUACAUCAGAAUUGUUCGUAACAGUCGGUUCACAUUCUGGAAUUAUAUGUACAGUUAACCUGUUAGAAAAAAAUACUAAACCAUACGAAUUAAAGUUACCAGAUAGGAUAGAAGCUUCUAUUUUAGUCUUAACCGAAUUUCGUGGAAUUGUAGGCUGUUACGAUGGAUAUAUCUAUUGCGUUCAUUUAAAAACGGGCGAAGUAAUUUGGAAAUUUCAAACGCAAGACAUGGUAAAAUGUACGGCGAUAACGUGUGUGCAAAAGAGCAAGAUAUUUGUAGGUUCUUACGAUCAUCAUAUAUAUUGCCUUUCAAUAGAGGAUGGUACUCAAAUAUGGAAAACUAAAGCAAGCCAAGGUGGUAUCUGUGCUACUGGUUGUUUACAUCCACAAUCAAUUUCGGUUCUUUUCGGGACAUUGGACGGCACUUGUUUAGCUUUGCGACAAUUUUCCGGGCUAAUUAUGUGGAAACAUAAAUUGCAAGACCCAGUCUUCGUCGCACCUGUUGUUCUUCAAAACGGAUACGUUUUAUUUUGCUCUGUAGCUGGAAUGUUGUGUUGCUUUGAUAUUGAAACUGAUUGUCAAAUGUGGCGGUAUGAGAUAUGCGGCAAUGUGUUUUCGUAUCCCAUAAUUACCCACAUGUCCAUAAAUAACAAUGAGCACGUUAUUUUAGCAAGCCGCAACAAACAUCUAUAUUGCCUCGAGAUGCCGCAAAUGAUAAUGGAAGAAAAAGAACCGAGAUUAAGAUAUAUGUUGCAAUUCCAUUCAGCUAUCUUCGCGACUCCUUGGUGCGAAGACAAACACAUGUUCGUGGCAUGUACAGAUGGCACAUUUCAAGUGUUCGAUAUUUUAGAGGGUAAAUUGUUCACGUCGAAGCGACUUCCCGGCGAAAUUUUCUCCUCACCGGUCGUCCAUGACAAUUUAGCUGUCUUAGGAUGCAGAGAUAAUAACCUUUACGUGUUAAAGCUUGGUUGAAACAUAUUAGUAUCUGUUGAGGCUGGGUGUGAGAAGAUAUUAAAAUUUUCGCUGAAACAGAUUUUAAAGUUUUAAUUGGGCAGAAUCGCAAAGAACACAGAUAGUACAAUAUUGUUUAUUUCAUUCGGCUCUCAUGUUACAAGUAUGGAUAACAAUAAAAGAUAUCCAUCGCAGUUGACAAA